AUGGCGUGCGGAACGGCGACCGGCGCCGGGAUGGGCCCGCCCGCGGUGCGUCCCCCGAUGCCGAAGUUCUCGUUCGUCGAUCCCGACGACUUCGACGAAAGUCGAUUCUGGACGCCCGAGUACGUCCCCGAGAGCGUCAUGCCCCCCACACGCGGCGUCGCUCAGAACACCCUGACAGUCCGGUCGACCAGCAUCUCCCCGGCGAUGAUCAUGGAGGACCAGCCGAUGAUGCGGAAGACCAAGAUCGUGUGCACCAUGGGACCCAAGUGCUGGGACGAGGAGUCCAUGGGCAAGCUGAUCGACGCCGGCAUGGGCGUCGCGCGCUUCAACUUCUCGCACGGGUCACACGAGGGUCACCAGGAGGUGCUGGAUCGCUUCCGUAAGGUAUGCGAGGAGAAGAAAGCGCACUGCGCCGUGCUCCUCGACACCAAGGGCCCCGAGAUUCGCACCGCCAUGCUCAAGGACCACCAGCCCAUCGAGCUCGAAGCCGGCCAGGACAUCAUCGUCUACGCCGCCGGACCCGAUGAGUACACCGAGUGGGAGGGGUACAAGACCCCCGAGGAGACCAAGAUCGGGUGCUCCUACGCCAAGCUGUGCCAGAGCGUCAAGCCUGGCAACCGGCUGCUGUUCGCCGAUGGCUCAGUGGUGAUCGAGGUUGUGGAAAUUCUCGACGAGAAAAAUCUCAAGGGAAAGGUUAUCAACUCCAAGAAGCUUGGCGAGCGCAAGAACGGCAACCUCCCCGGCGUUAAGGUCGAGCUCGACGUUCUCCAGGAGAAGGACAUCGAGGACAUUAAGGAGUUCGCCUGCGUGAACAAGAUGGACUACGUCGCAGUGUCCUUUGUGCAAACCGGCGAUGACGUUCAGAUGGUUCGCAAGCUCCUCGACGAAAACGGCGGAGAGAACAUCCAGAUCAUCUCCAAGAUCGAGAACGAGGAGGGCAUGCGCAACUUCGACGACAUCCUCAAGUACACCGACGGCGUCAUGGUGGCCCGCGGCGACCUCGGCAUGGAGAUCCCCUCCGAGAAGGUCGCCCUCGCCCAGAAGAUGAUGAUCACCAAGUGCAACAUCGCGGGCAAGUUUUGCAUCUGCGCCACACAGAUGCUCGAGUCGAUGUGCGACAACCCUCUGCCGACCCGCGCGGAGAUGACCGACGUCGCCAACGCCGUAUUCGACGGUUGUGACUGCACGAUGCUCUCCGGCGAGACGGCUAACGGCGCGUUCCCUGAGAAGGCUGUCGCCACCAUGGCCGCAAUCGCCACCAACGCCGAGCUGGGAGUGGACUACUGGGCGCAGUACCAGUUUUUGCACCGAUCCAACGCGUACACUCACAAGGUUGGCGGCCUCGAGGCGUCCCUCUCCCAGGUUGCCUUCUCCGCCGUGUGCUUUUCCGCGGACAAAGACGGCGACGGCGUCAUCGACGCCACCGAGGGCACCGCCAUCGUCCUUCUGGACGAGACCGGCAAGGCGGCGGAUCUCAUCACCAAGUACCGCCCGCCGUGCCCCAUCUUUGUGUGCACCACGUCCAAGUCUGUCCUCGCGCACACCAACACGAGGUUCGGCCAGAUCCCAUGCCAGCUCGACGGCGUCCCCGAGGUGGCCAACUCCGUGCUCAAGGCGUGGGAGAUUGCGAAGGAGCGCGACAUCCCGUUCGAGGGCCGCCGCGUGAUCCUCGUCGCGUCCCCCGACGGAUUCGCCGUGCAAAACUCCGCGGUGGCCACCGUGGUGUCGGUCAAGGACGGCGUCAGCACCCCGGAGCCCACCGAGGCGAUGCUCACGACGUACGUCGACCCCGGCGUGCUCAAUCCCGUGCUGUCCCUUCGCUCCUCUCGCAUCGGCCUGGACCUGAUCCUCAACCCCACGCAUUCCUUCCGGAAGACCAAGAUUGUCUGCACACUCGGACCCAAGUGCUGGUCGGAGGACGGGAUCAAGUCGCUGCUCCGCGCGGGCCUCGGCGUCGCGAGGUUCAACUUCUCGCACGGAACCCACGAGGACCACCAGCAGGUGCUCGAUCGCUUCAGGAAGGCGUGCGAGGAGGAGGGCGAGGCCAUGAAGAAGGAGAAGGGCCUCGAUUACACCCACCACUGGGGAUGCCUGCUGGAUACCAAAGGCCCCGAGAUUCGCACCGCCAUGCUCAAGGACCACCAGCCCAUCGAGCUCGAAGCCGGCCAGCCCAUCACCAUCGAGGCCGUGGGUGACAAGUACGUGGAGUUUGAGGGAUACAAGACCGAGGAGGAGACCCGCAUCGGUCUGUCCUACGCCAAGCUGUGCCAGAGUGUCAAGCCCGGCAACAAUAUUCUCAUCGCCGACGGCUCAAUUUCCAUUAGAGUUGACAGCAUCGAGAGCGACACGGUCCUCAAGGGCACCGUGCUCAACUCCAAGAAGCUCGGCGAGCGCAAGAACUGCAACCUUCCCGGCGUCAAGGUCGAUAUCCCCGUGCUCACCGAAAAGGAUAUCAACGACGUUCAGAACUUCUGCUGCAAGAACAAGAUGGACUUUGUCGCUGCCUCGUUUGUGCAAACCGGCGAGGACGUGCAGCUGAUCCGCAAGAUCCUCGAUGAAGCGGGUGGUCACAAGGUCAAGAUCAUCUCCAAGAUCGAGAACGGCGCCGGUAUGGAGAAUUUCGACGACAUCCUCAAGUACACCGACGGCGUCAUGGUGGCCCGCGGCGACCUCGGCAUGGAGAUCCCCUCCGAAAAGGUCGCCCUCGCCCAGAAGAUGAUGAUCACCAAGUGCAACAUCGCGGGCAAGUUUUGCAUCUGCGCCACGCAGAUGCUCGAGUCGAUGUGCGACAACCCUCUGCCGACCCGUGCAGAGAUGCUGGACGUCGCCAACGCCGUAUUCGACGGUUGUGACUGCACGAUGCUCUCCGGCGAGACGGCUAACGGAGCGAAUCCAGCAGUUGCCGUGGCCACUAUGGCCGCAAUCGCUGCAAAUGCCGAGGUUGGCUGCGACGGCGACAUGACCUACAAGAACGUCUGGAACAACACCCCCAAGCCCGUCACCGCCCUCGAGGCCGUCGCUUCCAGCGCGGUAAAGGCUUGCCUCGACAUGGGCGCGUGCGCCAUGGUAGUCUUCGCGCAGACCAUGCUCCCGGCGGCGCUCCUCUCCAAGUACAAGCCUCCCGUGCCAAUCGUUGUCGUCACCACCAACCACAGGGUAGCCGCGCAGUGUAACGUCGUGUCGUCUCUGGUCCCCAUGUACCUCCCGGAGAUGGGUACCAGCGACGAAACCCUGCCCAUGGUGCUCAACACCAUCAGGAAGCUCGGGAUUGCGGCGCUCGAGACCGGUGACCUCGAGUCCGAUCAGGUUGUCAUCAUGGAGUCCAUCGGCACCAACCCGAUGAUCGGGAUCGACUGGGAGGAUCGAACCCCCAUCUUCAAGGUUAAGGUUGUCGGCGACGAGCUCGCCAGCCUGAUCAAGCCCACGGGUUACGAGGGCGACCAUACCAUCUCGUUCUGCUCCACCAAGAUCGGCCUCGAGAACAUAGUGACCACGGGCGAUACCGUAAGGAAGACCAAGAUCGUGUGCACCAUGGGACCCAAGUGCUGGGACGAAGAGUCCAUGAGCAAGCUGAUCGACGCCGGCAUGGGCGUCGCGCGCUUCAACUUCUCGCACGGCGAUCAUGAGGGUCACGGCGAGGUGCUCCAUCGCCUGCGCACGGUAAUCAAGAAGAAGGGAUCCAACACCGCCGUGCUCCUCGACACCAAGGGCCCUGAGGUGAGGACGGCUAUGCUCAAGGACCACCAGCCCAUCGAGCUCGAAGCCGGCCAGGACAUCAUCGUCUACGCCGCCGGACCGGAGGAAUACCUGACAUGGGAGGGUUACAAGACCCCCGAGGAGACCAAGAUCGGGUGCUCCUACGCCAAGCUGUGCCAGAGCGUCAAGCCUGGCAACCGGCUGCUGUUCGCCGAUGGCUCAGUGGUGAUCGAGGUUGUGGAAAUUCUCGACGAGAAAAAUCUGAAGGGUAAAGUUCUGAACUCCAAGAAGCUUGGCGAGCGCAAGAACGGCAACCUCCCCGGCGUUAAGGUCGAGCUCGAUGUCUUGCAGCCCAAGGACAUCGAGGAUAUCAAGAACUUUGCGUGUCCCAACCAGAUGGACUACAUAGCAGUGUCCUUUGUGCAAACCGGCGAUGACGUUCAGAUGGUUCGCAAGCUCCUCGACGAAAACGGCGGAGAGAACAUCCAGAUCAUCUCCAAGAUCGAGAACGAGGAGGGCAUGCGCAACUUCGACGACAUCCUCAAGUAUACCGACGGCGUCAUGGUGGCCCGCGGCGACCUCGGCAUGGAGAUCCCCUCCGAGAAGGUCGCCCUCGCCCAGAAGAUGAUGAUCACCAAGUGCAACAUCGCGGGCAAGUUUUGCAUCUGCGCCACGCAGAUGCUCGAGUCGAUGUGCGACAACCCUCUGCCGACCCGUGCAGAGAUGCUGGACGUGGCGAACGCGGUGCUGGACGGCGCGGAUGCCACGAUGCUCUCCGGCGAGACGGCUAACGGCGCGUUCCCUGAGAAGGCUGUCGCCACCAUGGCCGCAAUCGCCGCAAACGCCGAGGAGGGCGUCGACCGAUGCCAGAUCUACAACUUCAUCCGCGACUUCACCCCGAUGCCCGUCGGAUCUAUCGAGGCCGUCGUGUCCUGCGCCGCGAAGACGGCAGUGGACCUCGGCGCUGCGCUGGGCUGCAUCGUGGUGUUUAGCGAACUCGGAUUCCGCGCCAACCUCGCGUCAAAGUACCGACCCGCCGUGCCAAUCGUCGUGGUCACCUCGCUGGACCACGUCGCGAGGCACACGAACACCGCGUACGGCCAGUACGCGUUCAAGAUUCCGGAACCCGCGGACCCGGAGACGGAGACGUACUGGACCGCGCGUGCGCUCCUCUUCGCGCUGGAGCACAACCUGUGCCAUCCCGGCGCCAAGGUUGUGAUCAUCGGCGGGGUCGCCGGCGCGACCAACACCGUCAACUCCAUCCCAUCCUACCGCAUCUUGGACGCGCCCGGAAUCUACAAGAGGAAGGUAGCGCAGCACGCCGUGCCCGGAUCCGAGUUUGCGCAGUUCGCCGUGCAGAAGGAUCACAAGACGGUCUCCCUCCGCGCCACGGCUAUUUCCCUCGAGGAGGUCUUCUCGCCCGAGGCGCCCAAGCGCAAGACCAAGAUUGUGUGCACCAUGGGCCCCGCGUGCUGGGACGAGGAAUCCGUCGGUCAGCUCCUGGACGCCGGUAUGAGCGUCGCGAGGUUCAACUUCUCUCACGGCGAUCACGAGGGGCAUCAGCAGGUGCUCGACCGCGUCAGGAAGGUCAUAGCCGAGAAGGGCGCAAACUGCGCGUGCCUGCUGGAUACCAAGGGCCCCGAGAUUCGCACCGCCAUGCUCAGGGACCACCAGCCCAUCGAGCUCGAAGCCGGCCAGCCCAUCACCAUCGAGGCCGUGGGUGACAAGUACGUGGAGUUUGAGGGAUACAAGACCGAGGAGGAGACCCGCAUCGGUCUGUCCUACGCCAAGCUGUGCCAGAGUGUCAAGCCCGGCAACAAUAUUCUCAUCGCCGACGGCUCAAUCUCUAUCCGUGUCAACCACAUCGAGAGCGACACGGUCCUCAAGGGCACCGUGCUCAACUCCAAGAAGCUCGGCGAGCGCAAGAACUGCAACCUUCCCGGCGUCAAGGUCGAUAUCCCCGUGCUCACCGAAAAGGAUAUCAACGACGUUCAGAACUUCUGCUGCAAGAACAAGAUGGACUUUGUCGCUGCCUCGUUUGUGCAAACCGGCGAGGACGUGCAGCUGAUCCGCAAGAUCCUCGACGAAGCCGGUGGCCAGAGCGUCAAGAUCAUCUCCAAGAUCGAGAACGAGGAGGGCAUCGCAAACUUUGACGACAUCCUCAAGUACACCGACGGCGUCAUGGUGGCCCGCGGCGACCUCGGCAUGGAGAUCCCCUCCGAGAAGGUGCCGCUCGCGCAAAAGAUGCUCAUCACCAAAUCCAACGUCGCGGGCCGCUUCGUCAUCUGCGCCACGCAGAUGCUCGAGUCCAUGUGCACGAACCCCCUGCCCACGCGCGCGGAGAUGACCGACGUCGCCAACGCCGUUUUCGACGGCGCCGACGCGACGAUGCUCUCGGGGGAGACGGCCAAUGGAGCCAACCCGGCGGUGGCCGUGGCCACCAUGGCCGCCAUCUCCGCCAACGCCGAGCUCGCGCACACGUCUCAGGCGGCGAUUUCCUUCAUCAGGGAUCACACGCAGCGCCCGUUCACGACGUUGGAGUCCGCCGCGGCGUCGGCGGCGGGCGGCGCGCUCGACUGCGACGCCGAGCUCAUCGUGGUUGUCACCGGCGCGGGAGCCGCGUCGAGGGCCAUGUCGAAGUACCGCCCAUCGUGCCCGGUGCUCGUGGUCACCGCGGAUGAGGCGGUGGGUCGACAGACGGGCGCGAUCUUCGCGCAGUUUCCCAUGGUUGUCGACGACCUCUCGCCAGGGAAGUUCGCGUGGGAUAAGGAAUCUCCCGCCAUCGUCAAGGCGAAGGAGAUGGGACUGUACUCGGGGAACGGUUCGAACAUCGUCGUGCUUGCUGGUCCCGGUGGCGGCGACGCGGACAAGUGCCCGCUCGUUUCCUUUCUCGAGUAA